AUGUUAUUUUAAGACGAUUCAGAUUUUUUCAUUAAACCAAAUGCCUUCCUUAAACUGCUGAAGUAAGGAAAACCGAAAACUACAGAGAUGAGUAGAAGAAAACCGUAAAAUGUGGUAGCGAAUAAAAAAUAAUUGAACAUAUUGCACUUCUCCAAACCUAUUUUCUUAUUGCAGAUUCCGGAAGAGUCUAAAAGUAAUCGAAAUAUCAGUAACAACACUUGUCGUAGUUGGAAUACUCAAUCUCAUACACCUGAUAGAAGAAAGAUAUUAUUGACUUCACCAAAAGAGUCUCGUCUCGGUUAUAAGAUAUAAAAUAAUCAAGAUUCGGAAGUACCUUAUGAAAUCCACACUCAAAUGCCUACUUCCCAGAUCAACCCUAAAUAUGUGAUUCAAUAAAAAUAAGGUUGUGGAUUGAGUAGACUUCCGAAUUUUAAAUUAUAAAUAAUCAAUCAAUUCCCAAAUCUAAGAUAAUAAAUGCUGAUGAAAUAAUAAUGA